AUUCCUGUCGGCAAGGUGAACGCGAGAGCCGACCGUCUCAGUGUGCGCGCGAAGAAGAGAAGGAGGAGGAGGAGGAGGAAGAAGAAGAAGAAUGUAUCCGGCCAAGCCCACCGUCGCGACCGCCAGCGAGCCGGUAACCGGGAUGGCGGCGCCGCCGGUGACCGGCAUCCCCAUCAGCAGCCCCGGCCCCGCCGUCGCGGCCAGCCAGUGGUCCUCGGGCCUCUGCGCCUGCUUCGACGACUGCGGCCUCUGCUGCAUGACGUGCUGGUGCCCGUGCGUGACGUUCGGGCGGAUCGCGGAGGUCGUGGACCGCGGCGCGACGUCGUGCGCGGCCGCGGGGGCCAUCUACACGCUGCUGGCCUGCUUCACGGGGUUCCAGUGCCACUGGAUCUACUCCUGCACGUACCGCUCCAAGAUGCGCGCGCAGCUGGGGCUCCCCGACGUCGGCUGCUGCGACUGCUGCGUCCACUUCUGCUGCGAGCCGUGCGCGCUCUGCCAGCAGUACAGGGAGCUCAGGGCACGCGGCUUGGACCCCGCGCUCGGCUGGGACGUCAACGCCCAGAAGGCGGCCAAUAAUAACGCCGGCGCCGGCAUGACGAUGUACCCGCCGACGGCGCAGGGGAUGGGCCGCUAAUUACGCUACCAGCUCCAUCGGUAAACUCAUAUGUUGUUGUGUUGUGUCAGCCAGAUCAUCGCGUACGUACGGGUAUACUUGUGAUAUGUAAUGUCAGGGACCGGCAUGCCCAUGUGUUUCAAGAUAUUUCACGUUCAAGUCCUUUCUGUCUGCUCACUAUCCGAAUGAAAACCAUUUUCCUUGAA